AUGACCAAGGAGGCUAUUGUUGCUAAAUUAUAUUAUUUAAUGGGAAAAGGUUAUACAGGAUUAAAAUUGAAGGAAAUGUUUGAGAGGAAUUUACGUGGUGAAUUGACGGAGUCUCCUAAUAAAAUACAACCUAAUAACUCUAUUAAUCAUGAUGGAUAUACAGAAGUUGCUAAACAAAUCACGCGGGGAAUUAAGCAGCAGCAGCAGCAGCAAGCAGCAGCAGCAGCAGCAGCAGCAAAUGGUGGUGAUUGA